UAGUGUGUCCGGGUAGGGCAACGUGGUGAGGAGUGGGACCCUUGUCGUGCACCAACACCACGAUGGACGACUACCCGAUGUAUGGGUUGCUGGUUGGGCUCUCCCUCUGGGGCACCCUCUGGCAUCUCCUCUUUCCUCUGGGAUUUUGGCAUACCUUUGCGUGUAGAGUAGGGCCCACUCGAGGUGGUACCGCCACCCAACCAUACACGAAGGAGGAGGAGGAGAAGAUGGCCGCCAUCCUGCAGGAGAGGAAGGAGAAGAAGGAGGCCAAGAAGAAGGCCUUGAAAGAGGAACAGGCGGCCAAACUAAAAAAGAUGGAAGAAGAGAUGGCCAGGGAGAAAGAGAGGUUGAAAAAGGAAGAAGAAGAGAAGCUGAAGGAGGUGGAUGAAGAAGAGGAAGGACCACCACUGCAAAAGAGUGGGCAGCACAGCGACAACAACAGUGAUGAGAUGGAGAAGAAGAUUUCGGAGUGGGUCCCCAACUUAUCCCUGGGUGAGGAGGAAGAGGUUGCUAUGUACAUCCCCAAGGAUGAGCAAGAAGCCGCCAUGAAGAAAUGGGAAGCAGAAGAAGAUGUUCUGGCGCGGCGGGUGAUGGAGGAUGAACAGAGGAUGGCGUGGAAGCUCGCAGUGAUGAGGGAGAAGAAGAGAAGAGUGGAGGCGGCGAAUGCAGCAAUGCAAGAACUAGCGGAGGUGAGGACUGCCUUAACAACACAAUUGACUCCGCAAGUAGAUCUCCAACGCAAAGUGGAGAUCAUCGCCCAGAGCAUUGACCGGUUAGCUAAAGUGCAAGAAAAGCACUAUGAGUUUAGUCGCGGCCAGGAGAUAUCCGUGCGUUCGAUGCGAACGGGAUCACAGGAUUUUGCUCGCGAACUAGUAGGCGCUGUGGGAUCCGAGGUGAGUCAUCGCCUCGAGAAGACUGAGCGUUUUUGUGUCGGCGCCAUCGAAGGCGUCAAGGUGGCCACUCCCAAGGAGGAGGAGGCCCGUCCUCGCAGGGAGUCAGUCAAAGUCAAAUUCCCUGAUUCCUACAGUGGGAAAAGGGAAGAGAACUUUGACAAUUGGGAGGCCAAUGUUAAGACCUAUGUGCAUUUGCAACAGGUCUCCCCGGAUCAGCAGGUCUUAAUUGCGAUCCAUGCACUUAGAGACGAGGCCGCCAGUUUUGCGAGAUCCCUUGUUCGUGCUGCCAACUGUAGUGACGAUCCAGUUACGUAUUCCUCGUUUACGUCCCUCAUUGAAUUCUUGAAGCUGCUGCACGAGCGAUUCGCUGAUGUUGCCCGUAGCCAGUGUCUAGACAGCUGUCCCGAGACUGCUUGUGUUAGAGUUUCGCUACACACCUCCCUCACAGGCGUGGGGGAAGAGUUGAAGGAGAGGAGGCCCACCUGGGCCAAGAUGAAGAAGGAGAAUAAAAGGCAGCUGAUUUUAUUAGAUGCAGAGAUUUUUAGAAGUAGAGUAGGGGCCCUAGUAGACUCAGGGGCCACCCGCAGCUAUAUUAGUAAGCAAACGCUGCAGAAGUUGAGGCUGGGACUUAAGGUCCAGAAACUGACAGACCCCAUAGUUAGUAUCCUCGCGGACAAUCGUAUCAUGGUUGUAGAGGAUUACGUAGAGGGAGUUCAGGCGUAUUUUCGCCUAGAGAAAGAUGGGAAGGUGGAGAAGGUUCUCCACUCCCUGACUCUCCUCGUAGAGGACAGCCUCCCGUUUAAUCUAGUACUGGGAAUGGAUUGGGGAGAGGCAGCCGGGGCAACGCUCCAUCUGAAGGAGCACAAGUGUAGACUCCCUAGUUCUGCAGGCGAGGCUAAGAUUGCCCGUUUGUUUCAUGUGUCGGGAGUAGAGAAUUCCUUGGCACAUUGCUGCCUUAGUGCCCCUGCGUUCACCAGAUUGGUGAAGAAGGAGAAAUUAGAUGAACAGGUCUUUGUUGCCUAUGUUAGGCCCGUCACUGAGCCUACGGAAGAGAAGUCGAUGGACCCUGCGAUUGCCAAGCUGCUGGAGGAGUUAAAAGGAUUUGACUGAGCCGCCGACAGGCACGGUGCCGCGGCCCAUCCAGCACCGUAUUGAGAUAGAGCCUGGCAGUAGAACUCCUAAGGGUGUUGUGUAUAGGAUGUCCCCGCGGGAGUUAGAGGAGCUUCGCAAGCAAUUAGACGAG